GUUUCCAAAAAAGUUAGAAUAACUUCCUCUCCCGGAGACCUCGGUUUUGCACAAGCCGGCCUUGAAAUCAGAGCCUUUCAAGCAGCCCCGGGCGCGUGUGCUCGGCGACCGCGGGCUCGGCCAGCGCCGCGCUCGGCGCCCCGGCGCCCCGGCCCCACGCGCGCCGGGCGGGCGGGCGCCAUGGAGGAGGGCUCCAGCUCGCCCGUGUCCCCCGUGGACAGCCUGGGCACCAGCGAGGAGGAGCUCGAGCGGCAGCCCAAGCGCUUCGGCCGGAAGCGGCGCUACAGCAAGAAGUCGAGCGAAGAUGGCAGCCCGACCCCGGGCAAGCGCGGCAAGAAGGGCAGCCCCAGCGCGCAGUCCUUCGAGGAGCUGCAGAGCCAGCGCAUCCUGGCCAACGUGCGCGAGCGCCAGCGCACGCAGUCGCUCAACGAGGCCUUCGCCGCGCUGCGCAAGAUCAUCCCCACGCUGCCCUCGGACAAGCUCAGCAAGAUCCAGACGCUCAAGCUGGCCGCCAGGUACAUUGACUUCCUCUACCAGGUCCUGCAGAGCGACGAGAUGGACAGUAAGAUGACCAGCUGCAGCUACGUGGCCCACGAGCGCCUCAGCUACGCCUUCUCCGUGUGGCGCAUGGAAGGCGCGUGGUCCAUGUCCGCCUCCCACUAGCGCCGCGCCGCCCUCCGGACCUGCGCGCCAGGAGCCGGAUCGCAUCUAUUCCGGAAGCUGAUGGAACACUCAAGCCAUUUGCAUAUGAGUCAGUAGGAUUCUCGCCAACAUACUGUUUUGUAACAUUAUUUUGGACUUCGAAAAUGAUUCUAUGAAACAAUGAAGAUAAAUAGACCUAAGGCUAUAUGGGUAAGCGGAAGAUACAAGUAUCUUUAUUUGUAGAUAAUACAGUUGCCUGUGAGGAACUUACACCCCCGCCCCAUCACCGAAAAGGAAACUGUUUCAAAAUCAUCAGAACUCAUGAGACAGUUCAGAACAGAGGAGGCUGAUUACUAAGUGAAGAUAAUUUUUUAAAGACAUUCUCACACACACUAGCAAUAACCGAUUAUAUCGUACGAAACGAGAAGACGCCGCUCACAAACACAGAAUGUACGUGCGACCUGGUAUCUGCGUGGUGAGACACGUGGAGGACUUUUCUGAGGAGGAAUCUCCACCUGGGAAAUCCACUAGAGUAUCUUUUUGAAAGAGGAGCUCU